AUGGUGGAAGAGCAGCUGAAGCAAGCCGAGGCCUAUAAGGAGGAAGGCAACCGCUUCCACAAAGAAGGCAACUACAAGCGCGCCCUGGGAGCAUACCACAAGGUCUUCUGCUUCGUCAACGGCUUGGUGCCGCCGCCGGCAGGACAGAAGGAGGACCCACAGGACCCUGGCCCUGGCAACCAGAUUCCCCACGACCGCGUCGAGGAUCUGAAGAAGCUGAAGCAGACGACGCGGCUGAACAUGGCCGCCUGCUAUCUGAAAGUUGGUGACUUCCAAAAGUGCGUGGAAGCCUGCACUGCGGCGCUGGACUUUGGCGCCCACGCGAAGGCUUACUUCCGGCGGGCGCAGGCCUACGUGGAGCUCAGAAACUUGGGCGAUGCGUCGGCCGACCUGGAGAAGGCGCGCGCGCUGGCGCCCGAGGACGCUGGUAUCCUGGCACAGCUGCGGCAGGUCCGACGGAGCAUGAAGCAGUGCGAUGCCGAGGAUCGUCAGCGCUAUGCUGGCAUGUUCAGCAAGCCAGCCUCUGUGGAGCAGGCCAAGGAGGCAGAUGUGGCGGAGGCCGCGGAGGGGGAGGCGGACCUUCCAGCGGCAGCGAAGCAGGAGGAGGAGCCCCCUGCCGCAGCAAGCCCGCUGGAAGCCCCCACCCCGGCGCGUGCGGAGCGCCGAACGGAGCCGCGCGACCUCGGCGAGGCGCACGACGAGGCCAAGAAGUUGGAUCGAGCCGUCCGGGAACUCAGCUAUGCUUGGCAGCAGACGGACGAGGAGGUGAAGGUGUACGUGUCCUUUGACCAAUCUGACGACCUCCUCGGCGUGAAAGACACACAAGUUCAAGCGGAGUUCGGCGAGUGGAGCGCAAGCUUGCUCAUCAGCGUGGACGCAGGGGUGCCCUUCGGCCUCCGCCUGGCGGACUUCCACCGCCGGGUGGACCCUGAGAAGUGCAAGUGCACAGUGCGGAGCAGCAGGAUCACGCUGAAGCUCGUCAAGCAGGUCUCGGAACACUGGUGGAAUCUGCUGCAGAACUCCUCCCCGGGAUAA